GACCAUAGUUACCAAGCCUACUGCCGUUUGGAUAGCACCUAUGAUCACUAUUUACUAUUAUUAUUGUUAAUUUCACGGAUAAAUUGUUUCAAUCACUGACACAUAAAACCAAAUGUAAAUGUAUUGAUAUGUCACUAUUAAUUAUUUUUUUUUUAUAUUUUAGACUAGGAACACCCACUGUCAGUAAAUUAAAAUUGCUAAGCAGAAAGCACAUUGUUGGCUGUUUGUUGUGUUGGCCUACUCAGGCCUACAAUACUCAGUCAAUACUGAUAUACUGUAUUACUAGUAUUAGUAUUACAUAUAUUUAAAAUAUUAUUAAAAUAUUUAAAACAAUAAAUAUAGUUUAUACAGUAGUGUAGUAGUUUAGAGUAUAGACUAUACUAGUAUAGUGUAUAGUGGAUUAGUAUUAGUAUCGAUGACACUGACUCAAUGACAGUACUGAUUACUGUGAGUGUAAUAAAUACUAUCACUAAAGCAGCAGUUAAGCUUAACUAACGUGCUUAAAAAAUAAAAUGACAAAUAGCAGUUAAAUCGGUUUAGUUUUAGUCUAUUUAAUCUAUUUAUUUUUUUAAAGAAUUAACUUGCCAGAUUUAUCAAGUCAAGCAAACAAAAAUAGUUACCAUUUUAACUACAAUUUAACGAAUUGUACUAGAUAAAAAAUUUAAGCUCCAGUAUUCUUUUGUCGUAAUUUACAACAGUAUUCAUGGUCUAAUAGGCAUAGUAAGACUUCUUUCAUCAAGAAAACAUGUGAAGUAAUCAAAUUUAUUAAUUCCAAAUUAUUGACAAAAUUAAAAGUCACCUAAAAAAUCAAAUAUUACUAGAUAAUUAUCAUCAGAAUAAGCUUGAAUUUAUUAAUUAAUCCUACCACCAAUGUGAAAUGUAGACAUUUCUGAAUUGAGUUGAUCUUGAGUCAUAUAAAGUAAGUAAUUGAAUAUACUAAAAUAUGAGAUUACCAAAAAAUAAUAACAUUUUUCUUUCCCUGCUUUCCAAACUUGUUUUUUAAUCAAAGAAAACAUGUUAGGAAGUUAAGUUAAAAUGUAUUAUUUUUUCACUAAUCAAUGUUAAUAUUAAUAAAAUCAAAAUGGACUGUAAAUUAGUGUAGUAAAGCAGCAAAGUGUGGAAUGCCAAAAUUAUCACAUUCUAAGUUAAAUAUAUUGACAGUUUUAGAGGCAUUCAUUGACUUGAGUGUUUAUAAUAAUCGGCAUCCUUCCAUCUCGUGAGAUGAUGGUGCAUCACCGUUGGGUUGGGUUGCAUUUUCUCGAGUGGCUGUGCAGUCCUAUCCUUGAGUGACAGUCUUUACCACAGUUUUUACAAACGAGUUCCGUGCUUCUAAAUGUUUUGGCCUUUCUCCUAGCUCUUCUGUCUGCAGCCUCUUCCAUUCUUCGCUCCUCGGCUACCAUGACGCCCUCUUUGACAACUGUGCGCCACGUAGAUCGGUCUUUUGCCUUACACUCCCAGUCACUUGUAUGUAUUUUGGCUGCUUUCAUGUCCCUUUGACAGACAUCUUUAAAUCGCAGACGUGGGCGACCUGUUUUCCUCUUUCCCGAAGCAAGUUCACCAUAUAGGAGGUCUUUUGGAAUGCUGCCGGGACUCAUUCUUUUAACAUGACCUAGCCAUCUCAGGCGUCUUUCACUAAGGAUUGUGAACAUGCUUUGGGUAUUCGCACGCAUUAGGACCUCACUAUUAGUCAUUUUUUCUUGCCAUUUAAUACCAAGGAUGCGACGCAGGCAUCUCAUAUGGAAGCUAUUAAGCUUGCGCUCUUGGGAUGUAUAGGUGGUCCAUGUCUCGCUCCCGUAUAGUAGUGUACUGAUGACACAAGCUCGAUAGACGCACAGUUUGGUUUUCUCCGUUAAUGGAAGCUAUUAAGCUUGCGCUCUUGGGAUGUAUAGGUGGUCCAUGUCUCGCUCCCGUAUAGUAGUGUACUGAUGACACAAGCUCGAUAGACGCACAGUUUGGUUUUCUCCGUUAGCUUGGUGUUUUGCCAGACCCGUUUAUUUAGCUUAGCCAUUGUGGCAGCUGCCUUGCCGAUUCUGCUGUUAAUUUCUUCUUCAAUGGACAGUGUAUUGGAGACCUUGGACCCCAAGUAGGUGAAGCUGUCCACAACCUCCAAGUUUUCAUUAUCGAUUUUUAUGUUAGGUGGAGGUCGAGUGUCUUGGGCCAUGAUGUUUGUCUUUUUCAAGCUGAUUUGCAGACCAAAUUCUUUGCAGGCAUUGGAGAAGCUUGACACGAGUUGUUGCAAACCAAUUUCUGUGUGUGCUGUUAGUGCCGACUGUGCUUGACUGUUUAAAGUUUAAUUAAAGACAUGUAGAACUGUUGUAUCUUAAUUAAUUAAUUUUUAAUGAUUAUUUCCUGCAGCUAUUGUUUAUUUGGGCUUAUUUAAGAUGUAUGUUAAGAAAUAUUUAUAGAAACUAACAUAUAUUUCAAAAGUACAUUCUUUUUAUUUAAAAAUAUAAUUAAUUCUUCAUCUUAAAAAUAUUAUGUCUUAAAAUACUUAUACAAUUACAAUGAUAAUUUACAAAACAUUACAAUCUGGAAAUUAUGUGCUAUUUCAUAAGUUGUCAUUUAGUAUAUGGUACCCAGGAAUUAAAUCUGAAGAAUUCAUUCCACUUAGAGGCUCGGUGUUAUAUUUAAUGUAUUACUUGAUUUGAAAAGCAGGUUUUCAUUAAGAUAUGCCUAUAUCAGCUUUAUAAAUGAUAAAAAUAUUUUUUCCUUCUCAAAGCAUGUUGGAAGUCAAAGAGGACACUGAAGGAUCCCCUCCAAGCAAAGGGUUAUCCCCAGUGGUACCACUAUCUCCAAAACCAAAGAGUCCUAUAGAGCUUAAGAAGCCCUCAUUAGAUGUUAUUCCAGUAGAAAGUGCUUCUGAAAACAGAAUAGGAGAUUGGCGUAAUAUGCGGAGAAUUAUUGCUGAGGAUCCAGAAUGGUCUCUUGCGACUGUUCCACUUCUGAAUGAACUUGUUAUAAAACAUAUUGUUAAAAAUUUUGAAAGUAAGCGGUCUAUUAGAGUUUAAAAAUACAAAAACACAAAUGAUUUAAACUGAUAAAAAAGCUUUUAAGAUUGAAAAUGUAAUCAUUGUUGUCAUUACUAUUGAAAUCAUUUUAUGUUUGAAUGAAACUUAUUAAAUUAAUUGUCUCCGAUUAGUCUGUAUGUUACCUAACAGUAUGAAGUCAAAUUCAGAAAAUAUAUUCAUAUUUUUAAUUAUGGUGAAAUUUUUUUUUUUUUCUCUCAGGUUUUGCCAAACCUACAAAGCUAAUUUUUAAUUAAAUUAAUAUUUUCCUCUAUUCAGAUAAAUCAGAAGUGUUAAAAGAUCUACUCACUAAGGAUCAGAAAAAAGUUUUGGCACAGAUUUCAACAGAUUUACCUCUUAAAGUAACAGCGUUGUUGGUAGAUGAUGAGGGAUUCUGGGAAAGAUGUUGUCAUGCUCGAUGGGAACUCUGUGAUGUCUCUUCUUUUGGUAACAGUUGGAAGAGGAUGUAUUUUGAGAGAAAUUUGCAGCAAAUUAUUGAGCUGUUUGUUCCUGAAGCAUCUGACUCAGACGAAUUAGAUGAUACCGUCAUGCUGUCAGCAAAUUUCAUCAAAAAGCUGGACAUUCGACAGUUGCUACCCCCUGUGCCACAGAAAUCAAAAGGCCCUGAUUUUGAUGAGAUCUCUGAGGCGGCCAGCGAUGCAGGUGAUGAUUCAGAGUCAGAUCACUUUAAUUUUGGACCAGUUUUGAAGAAACUUUCCUUCUUAGAAGAGUUCCAUGUGACUUAUGGUGUUCGGGACUGUGGUAUGAAUUUUGAGUGGAGUUUGUUUCAGUUUACCGCCAGAGACUGCCUCCAGCUCUCUGAAUGUAUAGCUGCUUUGCCCAAUCUAAAAGUCUUCAGACUACAUAGAAGCAAGAUGGAUGAUGACAAAGUAUGAAAUAAAACUUCUUUAUAUUAUAUAUUGAGGGCAUGGUAAAUGGUUUAUCCAACAUUAAUUAUAAAUAGAUAUGAUUUCCCAUAGGUCAUAUUUAAUUUUGCUAGCAAUCUAUGUAAUUUUCACUAACCAGGAUUAAUUGUAAUGUAAUUACUGUACUGUAAUAAUUUUUUUCAAUUUAAAGAAAAAAAAUCUUUGAAUCUUGAUUACACUAAAAUCUCUUAACACAAUUAGAAUGUUUCAUAAGCAAGUAUAAAGCAGGGUAGCUCAGUAUGGGAUAAGACCUUGUAGCUUGCCUAUGACAAUGAAGCUCAUUGGGGAUAAUACCUUUGAUGCUAGCAUAGGACAGCGAAGCUCAUUUUGGGAUAUACCCCUGGAGCUUGCACUGGACAGGGUUGCUCAUUUUGGGGAAAAAUCCCUGUAGCUGGUACUUGGAAACUAAUUAUGGGAUCCAGUUGGUUUACAUUAAAAAUUUAUUUUUUACAAUUUCCUCUGUAAAAAAAUAAACAUAGAUUACUUAUUUAUUAGAGUUAAGAGGUGCUGCCUUUUUUCAAAUUUCUUAUUAAUGUGUGCUCUUUUGGCUCUACAAAAAUAACAAGUUUUAUGUAACUAUUAUGUUAGAUGUUUGAUGCAUCCUUUUUCUUCUGUUGUCAGGUCAGAGUUUUUAUAAGCCACAUCCUUGAUCACCCAGGCCUCAUAGAAUUAGAUUUGUCACACAAUAUAAUUGGUGACAGAGGUGCUAGAGCUAUUGGUAAAUUCCUCAACAACCAUAGCAAGUUAGUGAAACUUAACCUCUGCAAUAACCAAAUUCGAGUAGCGGGUGCCCAGGCCAUUGCCUAUGCUUUAACAAAAAAUAAUUUACUCCAGGUCAGUGAACUUACGUUUUUUCAUAACAGCUUUUGUAAAAAUGGACUGGGAAACUGACAAAAUAAUUUUUAUGAAUUGGUUCUAUUUCAAUCAAACUUGGAUUUUCAUAAGUAUUAGAGUUGAAUCCAUGUUAAUGAGAUAGGGUUCUUAGAGAUAACAGAGGAUAAAGUUAAAUUGAGAAAUGUAUGUUUAAUUGCUUGUCCAUCAGAAGUAGAGUCAAAAGUAAAUUUUCUUUGACUUACUUGACCAGAAACUUUGAGUAAGUACAAUAGAAAUUAACUUCCUCCUAAAACUCCAUUAAAUAGGGAGAUAAUCAGGGAAUAAUCAAGAAAAUCUAUGUUUACUCUUGAAUCAUUAUUUGGUUUGUGAAAUCCUCAUUAUCUAGAGCAGAUGUUAUUUUAUUUUAGUUGUAUUCAUACCAUUUAUUUUCAGUAUUUGAAUUUGAGAUUAAAUCGUAUGGGAGAUGAAGGGGGCCAGGCUAUUACAAGGGCUCUUAUGAAAAACAGAACUUUGGUUGAAGUGAACUUAUCUUCCAAUGAUCUUGUGGAACCAACGGCAGCCAUAUUGAAUCAAGUCUUGUCACAGAACCUUGUUCUUCGAUACUUGGAUCUGUCAUGCAACAGACUUGGACCUGUAAGAUCAUUUACUCCUAGCCAUUAUCUAUUUCUUUCAAUGAUUACUACACACACUUAAAAAGUUUUAUAGAUAAUAUGCUGAGCAAUUUAUUUAAAGACUUUAUCAUUUAGGUGCAAAGACACCUAAAUGUUAGAUGCAUACAUGAAUUUUUUUAAUUAGCCGUAAUUUAAUUAUUUUUUUAAUAAAUUAGUCAUGUUCUUAUAAUUUAGCGUUUGCCUUUCUUUAUUUUUUAUAUAAAAUGUUUAGGUUUCAUAUUUUAUAUAAAGUGUUUAGGUUUUAUAUUUGAUAUAAAAUGUUCCUGUUUUAUUCCGACUGUAAACAUAUAGGAUGGGGGUAAGCAACUGCAAGAGGGAAUGGAAGAAAACAAAACUAUUCUCCACAUUGACUUGAGAUUGACUGAAGUAGGACAAGAGGCCGAGUACUGCAUCAAUCAGAUCCUACGCCGCAACCAGGAAGCAGAUCGUGAACAGAGAAUUAAAGACAGUGAAGAAAUCAAUGCACAGUACCGUAAGAAAACUGCAGAGCCACAGGCAGCCCACAGAUUUCAACUUCCCACAACUGCUAUCCUUGCUUGAUUAAAUACUGCAGCAAAUUAUUUUCUAUCUGGACUGACUGACACAAUAAUAAUGCUAAAAUAAAUUAUCUAACUUAUGUUUGCUUUUAAAAAUAAAAUUUUGUUGCAUUUUAAAAGUCCUUAGCUGCCAUGUUUUGUUGCAAUUUAUUUGGGGAAAGUUGAGGACUAAAAUAUCUCCAAAAUAAUUUACUCUCAUAACAAGGGUAAAAAGACGUAUACAACAAUUGAAAGGUAAGUAUGUUUGUUGUUUAGAGAGUUUAUAUCAUAAUGUCAUCAUUUUUAAAAUAUGCACCACCUGCCAGGAUAUAUUUUAGAAACCAAUGUUUUUUUUGCAUAUAUCUAAAGACAUGACAAAAUAAAAUGGUUUGAAGUGGGUUUCCAGUGAUAUAAAAGUUCUUAAGAUAAGCAAAAAUUUCAUUUAACAUAAAAUUCAAAUUUAAUUUGGUUCUUUCAAAAUUUAUUUGAAGUAAAUUAAAAAUGCUAAAUUCAGACUUCUUCAAUAUAAAACUUGAAAUAUAGAAUGCUUAAGAAUAGGGAGUUUCAAUAUUACAAAUUUAAUUAUGGAAUGCUGAAAAUUGUAUUCAACUAACUUUAUCAGGUGAUUCCCUAAUUUCAGUUAACAGCUUUAUGAAUCAAUGAAUGAGUGUUGCUGGUAACAUAUUAUUUUGUUGAAACAUCAUUUGUGUGGAGAAAAGUUUAAAAAUUUAUAAAUAAGAAAAUAACUUAUGGUGGACUUUUUUGUUAUCCAUUUCUAUAAUAUAACAGAUAUAUUUUGUACAAAUGAUAAUAUGUAAAUAUUUAAAAAAUACAUUUUUGGAUUCAUUUUAA